GGCCACGCCCCAUCCUGCCAGAGGCCUUGAGCGUUGCACCCACACUCUGCUGCGCACCUGGACUCUGCACCAGCCCUUCCGAGGUGACCCAGAUUCCUUUCUACCUUUCCAUCAUCCCCUUCGCCCUCUACCUGCCGGCACCCUCCCAGGAUGGAGUGGGCUUGCAGCGUCUAAGCUGGACCUAGCCCUGCCAUCUGCGACUCACGGAGAUUCUCAAGAGUCGAGAUGGCCGUCCUCUCCAAGGAAUACGGGUUUGUGGUUCUGACCGGGGCCGCCAGCUUCAUCAUGGUCGCCCACCUUGCCGUCAACGUCGCCAAGGCCCGCAAGAAGUACAAGGUGGAGUACCCCACCAUGUACAGCUCGGACCCGGAGAACGGGCACCUCUUCAACUGCAUCCAGCGAGCCCACCAGAACACGUUGGAAGUCUACCCUCCCUUCUUGUUCUUCCUGGCCGUGGGCGGUGUGUACCACCCGAGAAUAGUCUCGGGCUUGGGCUUGGCCUGGAUUGUUGGACGCGUUCUCUACGCCUACGGCUACUACACGGGAGAACCCAGCAAGCGGAGCAGGGGCGCCCUGGGCUCCAUCGCCCUCCUGGGCUUGAUGGGCACGACCGUGUGCUCGGCCUUCCAGCACCUGGGCUGGGUUAGAACCGGCUUGGGCGGGGGGUCCAGAUCCUGCCACUAGGGGGGAACAGGGGGU